AUGUUUUACUACUGCUGCUGCCGCCAGCAGUUUGUGGUGAUCCUCAUCUGCCUGCUCUACAUCCUGCUCGUGCUCGCCUUCUUCGUCAACGUUUUCAUUGCGGAUCGCAACAUGCACGCGAAUCUAAUGAUGAGGAACGGACGGCACGGGGUUCACGGCGGAGGUGGAGGAGUCCCUCCGCCAGCAGGCAUGCAUCCGGGUCACCACAAUCCGUACGACAUGCAUGGCUACAACCACUACAGCAACUACCAUCCGCAAGUGGAUUCCAAGCAGCAGCAGGAGUUGGCCAAGAAGACGCCGCAGCAGCAGGCCGAGCAGGACAUUUACUACUAUUUCAAUCACGUAUUCAGGCGGCGCCGGCGAUGAUGGGAGUCUCAUCCCAACAACACCCAAAAUUUAAAUCUUUAGUGCAUUAACUUAUACUGCAUCAACUACAUACAUAGAUAUAUAAAUACUAUAUAUAGCAAAGCAGCGGAUUAUGUAAAAAGAGAAGGGAAAUUGAUUAAUUAAUUUUAAAUUUAUUAGUAAUCCAACCAAGAACCAACAAUCCGAUAUCCAUCUUAUUAAAUAAACGAAGCCACAGCAGAGUUAUGAGAAAUCAGCAA